UAGUUGCUGAGCAUGUUUCCUACUGUUAUGGUUUCUGUGUAUACUCCAACUUAUACAGCUGAUUGACUUUUAGCUUGGUUUGAUUUGAAAAAUCGUAAUGGAGAAACUUGCUGAAGUCUUACUUCGAUAGUGUUGUUGAAGUGUCCGUCGGUGAACAGCGCUAAUUUUCGAAUGUCUUUGGCGGGAAAAUUAUGCUGUUGAUCUGAGAUAUUAAAAUGUAAGAUAUGGCAGGGAUGCAAUGAGCUUUUGGCAAGGAAAUUCCCAACCCAAUCUGUCAGUAACUGGCACAUCCACAUCACGUCACCAAAGGCCGCCAAGUGGACGCCGUGCACGACCUGGUAGUGCUGGGAGAGGAGGGAGCACAAAAUCUCACAUAUUUGGUAUUGAUGAUAGCCCUAGACAGAACAACCCUGAUAGUAACGCACCAGCUAGUUCCCAUGGAAACAGUAUUAAAUCAAGCUCAAUCCACACUACGCCAGAGGCACCACGCCCUGUAAGUGGGCACCCUCCCAAGAAGGCAGUGGGACUGACUUCAAAUGCCACAGUGAUCACAAAAUCUCAGUUGGAUACUGCUAGGAACUUAGCUAAGGUCAAGGAAAAUCCAAAUUAUGCUGAUCAGCCAUUGGAGGUUCAAGUUUUCUCACGGGGUCGGACUGGUGGAAGAAAAGCACCUCAGGGAGUACCUCAGUUAGACCUUGGAAAUCUUGCCGAUGAUAAUUACCAGUUGCUAGAACCAAUAGCACAGGAUGGUCCCCAUUUACACACGCCAGAUUCCAAUAGUAGUUUAAUCAGCUGGGGAACUCCUCUUCAUAGCUCAAGAUUUCAUUCUAAUCCAGUGAAACCUAAAGGAAGGGACUGGCAGCAGGAUCAUGGUACACAGUCACAUAAGAAGCCAGUGGAUCAUGUACCCCCUCUUGAUCAGAAGAAGCCACAAGGAAAUGAUGGCCUGCAGAAGGCUUUUCAAGCAGGCCACAAUGAGAGUAGAGAUGUCCAUCCUGAGGUCAGAUUUGAAGAGAAGCCAUUCAAGGUGGAUGCUAAUGAUACAAGGAACAGCCUGGCUAAUCAGCAUGAUAGACCAUGGAGUACACAACCACACACUCAGCGAGAGCUGGCUCAGUUUAAGACAAGACAAGAAAGGGAAAUUUUACACACAGAAAAGAAAAAGGAUCUGAUUGCUGAAACAGUUCUGGUGGAUCAGUUGUCAAGGGCGGCUGUCUCUGAUCCAGAGAAAAACAACAGCACUAUUCCUCCUGAUCUGGCACCCAAACAAAGAAAGCAAAUGGAAUUCUAUAACACAAGGAGUCCUUCUAAAGGUCCCAACACAGAAAAUGCCCUUUCUAAGAGAGUGCGUUUUGGAGCCAGAAUUGUGACAAAGAAUGGUCGAGAUGCUCAUAGAGAAUUGAAUGGGUUCUUCUUCUCAACAGAUGGGACACUAACACUCUAUGAAUUUCACCAGUUUGGCACAAGGUCAUCAGCUCUUCCUUUUAUUCAGCGAGGCUGUUACAACCAUGUUCAAGGAAGGAAUAAGGGAAAAGCUUACAAUCUGCUUGAUAUUCAUGUGGGCAGCAAUUUGUCAUUUUUGACCUCUCAGCAAACAUCGCUUCCCCAGAGCAUAAGAACCCGACCAGUUGUGGUGUUUCGAAUUUCUGAGGUUGAUGAGGAAGCCAGAGAAGCACAACUGUAUGAAAGUUGUCAUUCUAUUGAUGAGAAAAGAUCGAUAAUGGAGAGGUUAGAUAAUCCUUUGUCAAAAGCAGAAAUCCAGGAGCAGGAGCUAGUGAAAAAUAUACAAAGUAUGGUCAAAAAGCAACUACAAACAAGGGCUGUGAAAACAAUGAUGGGUCUUGGACAACACUUCAGAAAGAUGGACAGAUCAGGAGAUGGGCUGUUAGACAGGACGGAACUCCAAAGUGCUUUAGAGGCUUAUCACAUUAGAAUACCUGAUGAGACAUUUAACUGUUUAUGGAGUGUGCUUGAUGUAAAUCAAGAUGGCUUCUUAGACUAUGGAGAGUUCUCAAGAGGAUUUAUUGGUGAAAUGAAUGAAUUAAGGAAGUCCUCUGUUAGAAAGGUUUUCAGGAAGUUGGACCCUAACAAAAGUGGUGUGGUUAAUUUGAAUAACAUAAAAAAGUUUUACUGCACCAAAAAACACCCAAAAGUUAUUUCAGGAGAGGCUAAGGAAUGGGAAAUUGAAGAGGCCUUUCUUAGCGCUUUUCAACUUUGUGAGAACAAGGGCCAAGUAACUUAUGCGGAAUUUGAGGACUAUUAUGAAGGUGUAAGCCUUGGCUUUGAGAGUGAUCAGGAGUUUACAGCCAUGAUGAGAAACUGUUGGAGUAUCUAAUGCUACUGAUGUCUAAGUGUUGUUUUACAAUGCCCUACAUCCAGCUGUAAGGUUCAUAGUUAGAACUACAUUCCAAAUGAUGAUGGUAAACAGUAACUAUUUAAAAUGUGCACUAAAAUGUUGUUAUUUUUAUCUUUCCAACAUUAAUUACUAGAAACUAAGUUCACCAUUCUACUUUACCAUGUGUCUGUCAAAGCAGGCUGUUUCAAUCAAUCAGAACUGCAUUUUAUCAAAAUUUUAGUUUGAUUUAUAUCUUCUAUUCUUAACAUUUCCUAGUUUGUUAAAUAUUAAAUUCAUAUAGUCUAAUUCAGUUGCAUGAACAUGUUUUUCUUUCCUGUUUUUCAUGCUCCGCCUGCUAACUUGUGUGCGUGCACUAAAGCAUGGCAGUAGGAAUUUCCCUUGUAUUACAACUGAUGUGCGUUCAUCACUUUCAGAAGAUUGUGGAAAGUUAAGAGAUUAAGAUAAAAGAGGCUAAGUUUGUGUGGAGCACUAGUAAAGUAUUCUGCAUCUUUUUUGCUGUCCAAACUUCCCACAUGCUUCACAUCUUGAGGAACACACAAUUGUGCAUAGCUUAGUUAUUACUAAUGGGUCCUGAUUGGCUGAGAAUUAUGCUGUAUAUUGUUAUUAUUAGCCAUCACGAGGUGAUUAUAAUUUUUCAAAUGGCUAGAGUACCAGAGAUUCCUAGUGAUGUUUCUAAAGAAGGAAAGAGGACAGAAUUUUGCCUGAGUCUCAACCAAUAAUCACCUGAGUGAGUAAUACAUGACAAUUAUUAUCCUUGGACUCAGGAAAAACUAUCAAGUAAUUUCCUCAAUGUCAUUUUGGAAACUCUUUGACAAAAACUGCUUUGCCUGUGGUAAAUGAAUGUUAAAUAAUAAAGCAGAAUUCCUCAGUGA